AUGAUCCAUGUCCUUCUUUUUCUGUUCCUAAAGCGACAUUUUCAGGCUGCUUCUCCAACAGAUAUGGAUCCUCAUAGUGAUUUGACAUCAAGCAGGGCGCCAAGCAGGUUGGCAUCACGGCCUUCAGUGUCGCAUGUGAGCUCAAGAAAGGAAUAUGAGAUGAUAGAUAUGGGAUACAUCCAGUAUCUGCCGCUGUAUAGGGCCGUUGACAAUGGCGACCUAGAUGCUACAAUGAAAUUCCUGGAAGAACAACCUGAUAGACUGACUGCCAGCAUUUCAGAAGAUGGGGACACUGCCCUCCACAUUGCGGUUUUGGCAGGGCACGUAGAGAUUGUGGUGGAGCUGGUCAACCGGUUAGGGGCUGAUCAGUUGGGAAUCAAAAACAGAAAAAAUGCCACCGCGCUUAAUUAUGCUGCCAUUGGAGGGAUCACAAGGAUUGCCGAGGACUUGGUGAAAAAGAAUCCAGGUUUACUUAAAGUUCCUAACCAGAAUGACCAGAUCCCAGUUGUUGUAGCUUCUAUUUAUGGGCAUAAAGAGAUGGUUCGUUAUCUUUACAGUAAGAGUAAGAAAGAGGAGCUCAGUCCAGCUGCAAACAAAAAGAAUGUGGUUAUGCUACUCACAACAUGUAUCAUUGACGAACUCUAUGAUAUUGCCUUGGAUCUGCUUCAACUUUACCCAGAACUGGCUCUUGAAAAAGACAGUGACGGAGACACAGCUCUUGAUAUGUUGGCUCAAAAACCUUCCGGUUUCCCCAGUGGAACUCAAUUUGCUUGGUGGCAACAAUGGAUAUACAACAGUAUCCGGGUACCUCAGCCACUAGCCUCCAGCAACAGCCGCGGAGAUAUUGAAAGGGCGAAUAAGGGACCGACUGAUCGAAGGAAUAUUGUUAAACGAAGUAUAUCGUAA